CUUCCUCCCUCUUUUCCCUCCUCCUCCACAUAUCUCGCUUCCCUCUUCCUCUCCACUCCUAUAUUCUCCCUCCUCCGCCUCGUUCGCUCGCGGCGAUGCCUGGCGUGGCCGAGUGCGCUGAGCCGCGCGAGGAGGACCCGGCAGACGAGAACGGGGGCUUCGGGGGCGACAAGCAGUGGCACUUCUGCGACGGCGGGCUCGUCGUCCGCGCCUUCGAGGACUUCAUGGAGGCCGCGAUCGGGGGCGUGGUCACCAAGGCGUCAGUGGACCUCGCGCGCUGGUGUGCCGAGCGCUGCCCGGAGGGCACCUGGGGCGGCCGGCGCUGCGUGGAGCUGGGCGCCGGGUGCGGCCUGGUGAGUGGCGCGCUGCUGCGGCGCCACGCGCGCGUAGUGGCGACCGACAUGGAGCCGCUCCUGGAGCACCUCCGGUGGAACCUAAGCCUGAACGCGGAGGACGGCUCCCCGGAGCACGGCGUCGAGGCCCUGAGCUGGGAGGACGGCGCCAGCAGGCAGGCGCUGCGAGCGCGCCUCGGGCCGGACGGCGCCGGGGCGGUGUUGGCGGCGAACUGCGUGUAUUCCCACGACGCCAUCGGCCCGUUCCUGGCGACGGUGGAGGCCCUCUCCGGGAAGGAGACCCUGGCGCUGAUGUGCGGGAUCCCCGUGCCGAAGGCCCUGGGCCAGGGGGCAGCUGCCGGCCAAGGCCCCGCCAGCACCGAGCCCGGCGCGGCCACCGAGGAGGCCACAGCCUCCGAGUGCGCGUCGGAAGAGGCCACCCUGAUCGACGGCUUCCUGGCCGCGGCGCCGGGCCUUUUCGACGCACAU